AUGCCAAAAGACACCUCGCAGCGCGCGAGACGUGACCGAAGCGGCGGCACGUCUCGGCGCCGCGAGAGCAGCCGCUCGAACGUGUUUGCGUCCAAGACGAGCUGCUUCCGCUGCAACACGCCCAAGCCGGGGACGGGCGGCGGGUACGGGUACGGAGGGAUGGGCGGCGGGAUGGGCGGCGGGUAUGGGAUGGGCGGCGGAGACACGCGGCCGGGCGAUUGGACCUGCACCUCGUGCGGCGUCAACGUCUUCGCCUCGAAGAAUGCCUGCUUCCGCUGCAACGCGCCAAAGCCGGCGGGGAUGGGGGGCGGCAUGGGCGGGUACGGCGGCGGCGGCUACGGCUACGGCGCGCCGCCCCCGCCCUAUGGCGGCGGCGGCUAUGGCGCCCCCCCUCCGUACGGAGGAGGCGGAGGCGGAGGAGGAGGGGGGGACACGCGGCCCGGCGACUGGACCUGCCCGUCCUGCAACUCGAACGUGUUUGCCUCGAAGAGCGCUUGCUUCCGCUGCGGCGCGCCCAAGCCGGCCGGCGGCGGAGGCGGCGGCUACUAA